AUGUCCAUGAUGCCCACAAAUCCAGAGAGCCACGAAAUGGACGGGCCGUCAUUCAUGAAUGACGGUUUCGCAAACCCGGUGAUCGACAUGGUAAUGGAUGAUAUCGUCAACUUCAACCCGGUCCAUAAUUACUUCCAGGACAUGGACUUCUCGUCUUGGGACCUUAACUUCGACACCAUCAUUGUCCCACAAAUUGAUGUCCAUCCGAGCCCGGAAUCAACAACAACCAAUCGCUCAAAGUCAGCUACCCGUAACGCUUCGAGAGCUCACGCUGCCUUCAAGCGGUCACCCUGGUUAUGGGAACCGGGGCCCAAGGAUCAUGCACUUCACCAUGCUUCUCCUCAGGAUAAGGAGCGGCUCGUCUUUGAUGAAAACAACUUGGCAAACUCGCCAGCAUUCGACAAGCUAAUCAAUACGCCGGGAACCAAGCUGAAGAUGACAGCUUCCGCAAGAGACAGCCUUCUGGCCCUGGUUGUGGCCAGCACGGUGCAAAAGGGAGCCCGUCAGCGGACGCCCUCGUUUCCAACUCUGGACCUCUUGAAUUAUCUGGUUCAAGCCCACUUCAUCCAUGAUGAACAUCAGAGCGACAGCUGGAUUCACAUAGCAACCUUUGACGCGACUGCGGCGAUACCAGAAUUGCUCGCUGGCAUACUGUCCAGUGGCGCAACAUAUAUUUCCAUACCAGCGGUAUGGCAAUUCGGGUACUCUCUUCAUGAAGUCCUGCGUCUCGCGCUGGCAGACCUGUUCGAGGGUUCUAAUACUUUCACCCGAGAUCUCGGCGCCCUUCAAGCCUUCAUGUUGAACCUCGACAUCGGCAUUUGGAGUGGCUUCAAACGGAAGAUGGAAAUUGCAGAGAGCUUCUUGCAACCUCCCAUGACCAUGCUGAGAAGGGCUGGCAACUUCUCGGCCCCACCGGACUCACCCUCACUCAUUCCAACCAUGGCCGAUCCCCCAGAUGUCCUCGAUUCCAAGUGGCGCAAGUUCGCAAAGCGCGAGUCCUACAAACGGCUUGUUCUGCAUCUUUUCUUUCAUGACAUUGAAACAUCCAUCGGCUUCUGUAAGAACCCACUCAUGUCUUUCACCGAACUCAGCUUUAGUCUCCCCGCAUCUCGCGAACUAUGGCGAGCGAGAACUGCGGAGCAAUGGCGCAGCAUAUACAUCGCCAAGACCAACACUGCCUCAGAUCGCACCAUCCCUAGGGUCUGUGAAGUCAUGCAUUGCACCGAAAUUCUCGAUGACCUUGAGCAGUUGGUGGACAUGGAGCUUUGUUAUAUGGCUCUGCUCCACGGAUACUGGGGUCAAAUUGGAGCGUACAGAGAAGCAAUCAAGUUUUACACCGACGGCAUGUCGAACAAGCGGAACACGACUCACAAAUUAUGGCUCAAAACCCAAUACCAGGAGUUAUACCGGGAUCUAAACGACUUCUCAACCAUGAUCCUUACUUCAAAAAAGCCUACAGCGCAACUAGCGGUGAUGUCUGAGGUGUUGAUGAUGGUACUUCACGUGUCACCCGACAUUCUUCAAACGUUUGCGGGAAAGGCUGGCGAGGACGAGGCUCGACGAACGUACAGUAGCCUGGAGGAAAGCUGGGUCAAAACUUCGGAGGCUCGGCAUGCUAUUUGGCACGCAGGCCAAAUUUUCCAUCACGCGCGUCAACUUCCACCCGCCUCGUUACGAGACUUCAACGCCAUUGCGGUCUAUUUCGCCUGUCUCACUCUCUGGGCCUACGGACUGCUCUCGUGCUCCGCGUCUAGGCACGGGUCGGAUCCGGAGGUGGGAAGCGGCAAUAGAUCGGGAGCAUAUAUCCUUAUGGAUUCGGAAGAAAACCGCGAGACGAGGGCAUUCCUUCAACUCGACCGCGGUGUGCCUGGUCUGACAUUGAACGGCAACCCCGCUGACGGUGUUGAAUCGUUAUCAAACCCGAGUGUGGUACUUUCUGUUGCACGAGGCAUUUUUAGGAACAACUUUCCUGUUGUUUCAGAGCCUUUGCCCCCGCUAGUUGAGAGCUUAAGAAGCCUUCUUCAAGAUUUAGGUUCGGGCGCGGCAGGCCGACCAUCGAGGGCUGCCAGCGUUGACGACAUUUGA